CUAAUGACUAUCUACUCACGCAAAUUUUCCUAAUUUCUAACCCUAACCCAAAUUUCAUAAUUUUUCAAUUUUCAUCUAAUUUCUCUCUCACUCCCAUCUCACGCGGCCUCCCCCGACCCCCAAACCCAGAAAUCGCCUCCCCCACCCCCAGUCCAGACCGGCGAGACGCGCUCCAGUCUGCCUCCAGGCCUGCCGCAGCUGCUCUCCACUCCUGCGAAACCAAGCCUUCAGGCCCACCGCAGCAGCCCUCCAGUCCGGCGAGACCGCGCCUCCAGCCAGGCCCGCCGCAGCCGCCCUCCAUUCCGACCGAGACCGCGCCUUUAGCCAGGCCCGCAGCCGCUCUCCAGUCCGCCUCUAGGCCCGCCGGCCUCCGCAGGCGCCCUCCAUUCAAGUAUUUUUUCAGUAAUGGGGAAGAAGAAAGUGAGAAAGAUGAUGGAGAUUGAUAGUGACAUGGGGUUGGACGAAGAAAUGAACGAUGGAGUUAUGCUGAUGGACAAUGAUGAUGGCAAUGAAGAUGAUUUUCAUGAUGAACAUCAUGACAGUGAGGAGGAAGAUGAGGAUGAAGAAGAGGAUGAUGGGGAGGAAGGCUCGGAAGAGGACAAUGAGGAAGGAGAACAUAGUGAUGAAGAUAUUCAGAAAGGUGAGGAGCUGGAUGAGCUGGAGAAAGAAUAUAGAGAACUUCAAAACCAGGAGCAAGACAUUUGGAGGAAUCUAAAGCGUCAUACGGAUGAGGACAUUCAAAAAGGUCAAGCUGUGAAAAAUCAAAGGGCCCUCUGGGAUAAGACACUUGAGUUCAGAUUCUUGCUGCAGAAACCAUUCUCAAGUUGUAAUAGACUUCCAGAGGAGCAGGUUAAGUCCUUAUAUUGUGAUGCUGAUAAUGAAGUCAGUGAAGCAUAUUCAGAUCUAAUUUCUUCGUCAAAGAAGACAUUGGAUUCUAUACUAGAGUUGCAACAGGCUCUGAUGACAAACAAUCCAUCUAUUACUCGAUUUGAAGAAGCUAAUCCUGUGAGAGAUUCCAAGCAAUUAGAUGUACCAGGGGUCUCAGAUGGGAAUAUUGAUGAAGAAUGGUUACAGAUUUCCCAAAUACAAUCAAGAAUGAAUUCGUUUAGAAAUAAGUCAGUUGACAAAUGGCAAAGGAAGACCCAGGUGACAACUGGUUCAGCUGCUAUUAAGGACAAAUUGCAUGCUUUCAAUCAGAGUAUAAGUGAACAAGUGGCUGCUUACAUGAGGGAUCCAAGUAAAAUGAUUAAGGGGAUGCAGCAGAAUAGAUCAGCCGUUGCUGUAUUUGGAAAUGUGCCGUGCUAUGCGGGGAAUGUUAAGCCAGAGGAGACUAGCACAAAUGGUGAUCCUGAACUUCUGGACGACUCGGAAUUUUACCAGCAACUAUUGAAAGAGUUCUUCGAGACAGUAGACCCGUCAUCAUCUGAAGUGGCUUUCUAUGCUCUUAAAAGAUUGCAAACAAAGAAAAGAAAAAUCGUUGACCGUCGUGCUUCAAAGAGUCGCAAGAUUCGGUAUCAUGUGCAUGAAAAGAUUGUCAAUUUCAUGGCUCCUCGGCGUGGAGAUAUUCCUCCUACGGCCUCGAAAUUAUUUGAAAACUUGUUUGGCCUUAAAACUCAGAAAUCUGCCUCAGUAGCAUAGCCAGCUCUUAUACAGGCAAUAAUUGUACACCAAAUGCAAUGUGAUCGCCCCUGAACUUGAAUUUUCGUAAAACAGUGAUUACUGUGUCGGCCUAAAAGGUAAGUUACGCUGAAAGAUUGUAAGAUUUUUCGAGGAUAGAUAUGGCGGAAUUGGAGUUCGAUUUCUCAUCUAGUUAAAUUUGCAAAUUUGAUUAAAACAAAGAUCCCAACAUGGGAAAUAGUUAGUUUAUUUAGAUAUAUGUUCAAUUUGAGCUGUAUUCUCUAGUUCACUAUGUUAUACUGGUUUAUGCCCAGCGUACUUGUUUGCUCAUCAAUUUUUGUGUUGUAGUUUCAAUAUAUAAUGUUGAGGAAUUACUGUACUCUUCAUCUCUGGAGCUUAAGUUUUGUUUCAAAUAGGCAUUUUAUUUAUUUCUCA